AUGGCGCGUACCAAUAAUUCGAGGAAGAGAAAUCUUACAGGAAAAUUACUUGAACAAGCACUUGAACAGUGGUUAGAAGAUAAUGAGCAUGAGUUUAGUGAUGUAGACGACGAAGUAGCUGAUCAAAAUUUUACAACUGAAGAAGAAGAACAUGUUGAGAGUGAGAUUUCAGACGUCGAAGAAAUAGAAAUUGAAACAUCGAGUGAAGGGACAAAUCGUUCUACUAAUACACCUGACUCGAACCGCAAUUGUUAUCUAGGUAAAAAUGGUUUUGUUUGGUCAGUUAGUGACUUUUUAAAGAUAUUGCGAACACUAGCUCGUAACAUUGUGUCUUUACCUAGACAAAACCCUGAUCUUACGAGAUUUCCCGGUUACGAAGCAUUCUGUCUGAAGCUUUUUGAUGACAACAUGAUAGAAACAAUCGUUUCCUGUGCAAAUAAAAAACUUGAAGUUUACCGCCACCAGUUCUCUAAUUAUUCGAAACACGAGCAGAGAGAUAGAAGUGCUGUAGAAAUUUGA